AUGGGUCGGUCACCAUGUUGUGAUGAGAAUGGGUUGAAGAAAGGGCCAUGGACACAAGAAGAGGAUGAGAAAUUAAUCGAUCACAUUCAAAAACAUGGCCAUGGAAGCUGGAGAGCUCUUCCGAAGCAAGCCGGUUUAAACCGAUGCGGAAAGAGUUGUAGAUUGAGAUGGACUAACUACUUGAGACCUGACAUCAAGAGAGGAAAUUUCACUCAAGAGGAAGAAGAAACCAUCAUCAACCUCCAUUCCCUUCUUGGAAACAAGUGGUCGUCAAUAGCGGGCAAUCUUCCUGGAAGAACGGAUAAUGAAAUUAAAAACUAUUGGAACACACAUUUGAGAAAGAAACUUCUCCAAAUGGGGAUUGAUCCGGUGACCCAUAGGCCGAGAACCGACCAUCUAAAUGUUCUAGCCGCCCUCCCACAGCUUAUGGCCGCCGCAAAUUUCAACAGCCUCUUGAAUCUCAAUCAAAAUGUGCAAUUGGAUGCAACAACUCUUGCCAAAGCCCAAUUGUUACACAAUAUGAUUCAAGUUCUUAGCACCAAUAACAACAACAAUCCCUCUUCUUGUUCAUCAACCAUGCAAACGAAUAAUAAUCUCUUUGGCCAAUCUUCUUACUUAGAGAACCAAAAUCUUUUUGGUCAAUCUCAAAACCUCUCUCAAAUUCUUGAAAACGAUCAUGAUGAGCAUUUGAUGGUAAGAGACCCUUUGGAGUCUUUUUCUUCCCCGAUACAAAUCGAUGUUCAAGAUGAUCAUAACUCACUCCCUCUAUUGGUUCCUGCUUCUUCCCAAGAAUCUAAACAAGCCCAAAUGAUGAUCAAGAACAAAGACAUCACAACUUAUAAUCAUGAUGAUACUUCAAACCCUUCAUCAUCAAACUCGGCGUUCACACAAGAUCAUCAUCAGCCAUGGUGUGAGACUAUUGAUGAUGAAACAAGUGAUUCUUAUUGGAAAGAGAUCAUAGAGCAAACGUAUUCGGAACCAUGGCCAUUUGCUGAAUAG